AUGAUUUUCCUGCUGUUGGUGCUGCUGAUCCAGAGCGGAUGGUGGGGGGUCGAGCCGAGCCCCACCGAUGAGGGAGCGCUCCGGGCCGGCCACGGGGAGCACGGAGAGCCGGGACACCAGGAGCCGCACAAGGACUCCUACAGCACCUUCGCCUCCGAGUUCCUGGAGUCCAGAUAUCUGUCCGAUGACGGUUAUCCAUUCCCCACUGCUCCACCAGUGGAUCCCUUUGCCAAGAUCAAAGUCAGCGACUGUGGAGUGACCAAAGGCUGCAUAAGGUAUGGGAAGCCAGGGUGUGAUGCAGAGUCGUGUGACUACUUUCUGAGUUAUCGUCGCAUAGGCACAGAUGUGGAGUAUGAGAUGAGUGCAGACACAGACGGCUGGGUGGCCGUGGGUUUCUCCUCUGACAAGAAAAUGGGAGGAGACGAUGUCAUGGGCUGUGUUCACGAUGAUAACGGUCGUGUGCGGAUUCAUCACUUCUACAACGUCGGCCAAUGGGCCAAGGAGAUCAAGAGGAACCCGGCCAGGGAUGAAGAGGGCAUUUUUGAGAACAAUCGGGUGACCUGCCGUUUCAAACGGCCGCUAUACGUCCCCAGAGAGGAAACACUGGUGGACUUACACCUGUCAUGGUAUUACCUGUUUGCAUGGGGCCCUGCCAUUCAAGGUUCCAUCACGAGGCAUGACAUUGACAGUCCACCAGUCAGCGACCACAUGAUCAGUAUCUAUAAGUACGAGGACAUCUUCAUGCCUUCCACAGCUUACCAGACCUUCAACUCUCCCCUCUGCUUACUGCUGAUAGUAGCUCUCACCUUCUACCUACUAAUGGGAACGCCAUAA